AGAAUCUUCAUAAAAAUUUGAAAAUUUUCCAAAAUGGAAGACGUUAAACGAUAAAACAAGCAAACAAAAACCAUAUGCGAACAGGCAAAAAAAACCGUGAGCUCUCUCUUUAAAACCGUGUGCGCUCUCUCUCUAUAAAAGCCACUCUCCCCCCCCCUCUCUCUCUCUCUCUCUAAAAGUUGUGUCAUUUGUGUGUUGUGUUGUCUUCUACCUAUUUCUCUCCCAAUUUUCCAUUCAAGGAUAUCUUCCUCACCACAACCUUGUGACUCUGUAAGCACAAACAUGGAUAAUCAAAUAGCUUUGACAACCCAAUCAAGUAGCCAUAAAUCCAUUAGGGUCAAUACUCGUGUUUUGGUUGUGGAUGAUGAUGCGGCAUACCUUAAGAUUGUUGAAGCAAUGCUACGAGAACUCCAAUAUGAAGUUGUCGCUGUUAAAUGUGCAUCCGAAGCUUUAGCCAUUCUUUGGAAAAGGAUAGUAGAAUUUAGCAUCAUUCUAACAGAUCUUCACAUACCUGAGAUGGAUGGAAUUGCCCUCCUUGAGCGUGUUGAGGUUGAAUUUAAGAUUCCUGUUGUUAUUAUGUCUGCCAAUGAUAACAAAGAUGUUAAAUCAAGAUGUUUGGAGAGUGGCACUGCAUUUUAUGUCACAAAACCUUUAACUGCAAGUGAUCUCAGAAACCUUUGGCAGAAGAGACUGAGUGUGCAUCCACUGUCAAUGAAAGCAAUUGGCGACAAGAAUCAAGGAAAAAAUCUUCCACAAAGAAGCACCAAAACAAAGGGAGAAAUAAAGAGGACAAUUUUACACAAAAGAAGCCACAGAUGAUUUGGAAUAAUCAGCUUCACAACAAGUUCUUGGAUGCCAUUGCUCAAAUAGGUCCUCAAGAACUGGUCGAGAGCUCGGAUAGUAAUGAUGAACAAGAGUAACGUUGGACGUCUAUUUGCAAUGGAAUUUCCGUAGUGGAGAUUGUCUUCUUUUUCUUCUUCUAAUUCAGCUGGAUCUUCUUAUCGUUUUAUAUUAUUUGAAUUUUAUUUUUCUCAAAUAACUUAUGGACUUUGUGGCAUCAAUUUGACCAUCUAUAGUAGGAUAGAAUAGAAUCUAUGUUUCGAACUAGUAGUUUAUAUAAUAAAAUUUCUUCUUCGCAUCA